CAAACGCGGCGCAAUGAAUCGAUGGAUGGUGAACAUUGAAAUUAUGUUAUAUUCGUGAUUAAUCAAUUCAUACAAUGCUAUUUAAAAGUUGUGUUAUAAAAUUUUAAAUCAGUUUUCAAAACCUGGUAGUUACUGUUACUCAGGUAGUUAGAAAAUUCUUCUCUACUUCCUACUGUCUAAGGAAUUUUGGUAAACUACUAAAAUGGAGCCAAAAAAGAUAUCUUUUGGGUUUAUGAAAACAAAAAAAUCGGAUAAACCAGCAGUAGUUGAGAAAAAAGAUUACAUUGAAUGUGUUGAAGAAAAAUCUAUCAAAGUUAUAGGGGGUGAUGAUGCUGCAGAGAAAAAGCCACUUGUCAUACCAAUGAAGCCAAACACCUUGAUCACAGCAGAAAAACUCAGAGAAAUAGCUGAGAAGGUGGAAAAUUUUGACGAUGUUAAAUUUAAAACUGAAGAACCGGAGAAGAAAGUAAAUGUUCCGGAAAACGAAACGCUGGAACAAAUGGCUGCUAGGGAGUUGUUGGAAGAAGCCAAGAAAGAAAUUGUAGUUGACAUACCAAACCUGGUUGUGCCCAUUAACACCAAACCAAUCUUUGAUGGGCAGACUGAGUCCACAAUAGAUGAUUAUGAAUCCGUACCAGUUCAAGAAUUUGGACUGGCUAUGUUACGUGGCAUGGGUUGGACUCAGGGAAAAGAAUCUACAUACAAGCAGCCUCAGUUGAGACCAAAAGGCUUGGGUUUGGGUGCUGAUAAGGUUAUAACGGACAAAAAGAAAAACAAUACAAAAGACAAAGAAGAGGAACUGCAAAUAGUCAAGAAUUCUUAUGUCAAAGUUACCACUGGAAAACAUUCGGGAUAUUACGGCAAGGUUGUGAGCCUAGACGAGGACAAUGGUCGUAUUGUAGUGGAACUGGCUAUCAAGAAGGAAACCGUCAGUCUCAGUGAGUUCAUGGUGCAAGCUGUACCAAAGUCAGUCUACGACAAGGAGUCCAAAGUUAUAAACACUGAAUCCUAUGAAGAGUACAAGAGAAAAGAAAAUAUACAAAAAAGCUCAGAAGUAAAAAAAGAGAAGUCCUCUUCAAGUAAAAAUAUAAAUAGGCAGGAAGAAAGUAGCAGAAAAGAACCUGAACGUCAUUCCAAUGGUAAUAAACGGAGUAGAAGUAGAGGGAACAGGAGGAGAGAUUCGUACUCUAGCGAAGAAGAUAGAAGUAGACAUAGAAAGAAAGAGAAAAAGAAAUAUAGCAGUAAUGAUUCUUUAAGCAGUUCAGAGCCAGACAGACAUAAGAGCGGAAGACGAUAUAGUAGUGACUCAUCCAGUUCUGAUGAUAGAAGGAAGUAUAAGAGUAAAAAGAGUUCGAAGGAAAAGAGAGAUAUUGACAAAAAGAGAAAGGGAAAGAAGAAAAAGAGGGAUCGAGAUCGUUCGCCAAACUACAGGAAACAUAAGAAAUAAAUGUAAAUAAGUGCUUUUCUGAAUAAAAUUUUACAUUGCUGACGA